GACGCGGCGUACAUGGACGUUUGUGUUGGUUGUGCAUGUCGUGAACAGCCAACAGUACGGCAGCUUUGGUCGAUUGUCGAUCAUCACUCAGCUAUAUUCAAGGCCUGGAACAAUUUUUGCUGUUUCACUGUACUGAAUGUAUUACUGCUCCCCGUCUAACGUCCAUAGACCUUGCAACAAUCGUGGACAAUUUGAUGAAUACCGACAAUACCAACUCCCCUGCUUCCACCGACAGUGAUGCUGUCAAUUGUUCAACUGCGAGAGUCUACUUCGGUCCAGUGCAAUCACCGGAGAAGAGACUCAUCGCUAGCGAGGUCACGCGAGGAGAUGUACUCAAUAUUGGCACCGUCGACUCUCUCCUUCAUCCAUCGGAACUGCCUGCUCUCCACGCCCUUCCAUCGCCACAGGAAAUCACGCGCGCACCGGAUGAAGGUGUCGAACAAAACGACGAAGAUGCAGAUGAGAUCUCUGAUGUGGCUGCUCAUCUAUCCCGUGAAGACACACCUGAGAAUGAUUUACUGGGCCAGAACGAACCAUCCUCCGUUCUUGCAAGCCGAAUUAUGCGGGCUUGCGAUAAUCCUUCCCCUCCUCCGCGGGCUCAUCCCACCAUUUACUUUGGGCUUGUGACGAGGGAUGGGCACGCACCAUUCCCAGAUAUAUCUGUACCCCCUAGCCCGUUUCGCCCCAUAAAUUUGCGCGAGGGACUGAGCCAGUUCUCCCCGACAGAACGUGCUUUGUCGCCAGAACCAUCUCAGCAUCAGGUUUCCUAUAAUCAGAAUUCUCCUCCACAGGAUUCUGCUGGUAACAUCUCUCAGCCCGAUCUCAUCUCCUUUGAAUCUUGUACCACUCUAGUCAAGACUGUGAAAUCUUCUGCAGAAGGACGUUUCCGUGGUUCUCCAAUUCAAACUUUAUCUUCUAGCGUAGAUGACCUCCUCUCGCAAUCCCCAGAGCAUCCUUCUAUCAUACCUUCCCCUCCUCGUGUAGAUGGCAUAGAGCCGUCUAAUUCCUCGGAUAGCCUAAAUAAGGUUCCUCAGGGAUGUGCACCGGCUGACAUGGAAUCUAGACCACCACACCCCAGUUUUCCUUCGUCAUCAGUCGCCAUCUCCAAUGCGCCAGAUGUCACUAAGGAACAUGCAGGAUCACCUGUGCGGCGAUCAGCACGCCUGAGUGGUACUCCACGCCCCAUCCAGACCACCAUCACACAGCAACCUUCGGAAACGCCGAAACUCAAAGGAAAAUGGAAGGCAACAAUAAUCACUCCCGAGGAGGAAAUUCCCUUGAUGCGGGAUGAUCAAACUGCUGAUUACGGUAAUGUAGAUCCACACCCUGGUAUUCAAAGAUUGGUAGAGGAGAAAGAGAGACGACGAUCACGAAGACGGGCAUUAAACGGGAAACAUGACACCACCCCCAAUUUCCAAAGAGAAUUAGGGUCUCUUUCCCCUCAGUCCGCGGAUGUCUUAACGCGUUUGCUGCCAUCCGAACGAUCUACGCCACUCCCAGAGGGACAGUAUUCGCUACCACAGCGUGAAAUUUCUCUGGUAUCUUUGGACCCUCCAUUGUUGACACCACAGAGGCCAAAAUCAAAUUCUCAGCAAGCAAAUUAUCCCCCGGCCACUGUACAGCGGCCAUUGGUUGUCGCUCCAACACCUACUCGUCCGAAUGGGAGUCUACUCGGUUCUUCUUCUAAUCUCAAGUUUUCCUUGACCGUCGACGAUGUGUCUCGCACGCCAGCGAGGAGAGUGCCCAUUCAAGAUGCCUUCGUACAGGGCUCUGCAUCCUCACAGAACACAAUGCUAUUAUCUGCGAAACGUGAUGCGUCGACACGGUUGGUGGGCAUGUGUGGACCCGUUUUUUCGCGCCCUGCGUUCGACGCUCCAUCACGUAGCCCCGCUAAGCGUAUUCUAAUCACAGAUUUCAACAGUCCUGUGCGCUCUCCAACUCGACCAGCAGGUCCGAGGGCCCGAAGUACCUCAGUGGAACCGAAACCCAUUGUCUCUCAGCCUCUCCGAAGUCAUUCUGUUGACCCACUACCCCGCGCCGCUGAUGGCAAAGGCAAAGAGCCCAUGUUCCCUAAUUUUUCUUCCAAAUCGAGAUCCAGCACCAAACUGCCGUUCCCUCUUGUAGCUGGGCAGAAGGCAGGAACAGAUCUCCCGCACUCUAUCCCUGAAGAGGCAGAAGGAUCCGAGGCUAUUGGAAAAGAUUUGAUUGCUAAUCUGGCAACGUCCAGUCCUGUGAAAUUGAGUCUGAAACAGCCCUCUAUUGGCAGUCGCAUACCACGAAUUGGCGCCAAGCCGUAUACCAGACCACAGCCAAAAAAACCGGCUUCGUCUACAGCUACAAAGUUGCCUGCCUUUGGUACUGGACCGCGUGUCCCACUUUUCAAAUCAGCUCCCGCUGGCAAUGGCAGUAGCAGCUCGGAAGAGUCAUCUGCCAUCGCCCCACCGCCAGAUCGAAAGUUUGAUGGGAAAUUUGUAGCAGAGCCAUCAGUGCUCUCAACACUGAAGCGAAAGCGUGGCAUAGAAGAGAAUGCCACAUCUUCACCAACUCAUCCUGUGAUGGUCCGCCAGAUUGUCCCCGGAAUGCUCGGGGGCAAGUAUGCCCCCAAAGCACCUACACUCUUACCAACGGCUCCUUCUCUACCAGAGCCAAGUCCUCGGAAGCUGCUUGGCCCUAUAAAGUUCCGUAAAGUUGAGCCCGGAGUCAUAUCAGCACGUUAUGCAGCGCCCACCAAACCGUCUGCAUCUGACCCUCCAGUCGCCGAUGACCGCAGCAGCAGCCCACAGAUUUUGCUCGUACCUGAGGCACCAAUUACUCGAUCAUCUUCACCUCCCAAUUCAACCUCCUCGUCUGCUCUACCAGAACCUGAGCUUGCAAAGCCAUCACAUGAUGCUGUUGAGCCCGAAGAAAUUGUAGAAACAUCUUCACAUCGGCCGCCAGCAAACCGAAGUCGGGGUCGUCGAACGUCUCGACGUAGGCCUGCAGCGCAGCAUGCCAACGACGUUUUUGGUCCCUCCACUUCAACACAACCUCUCCAGCUUCGACGUUCACGGCGUUCUGAGGGCGAUGGCUUCAUGGGGAUGAGCGCAGUUACCCUCCAAGCCCUCACCGUUUCCAACACCACAAAGAACCAGCAAAUUUUUGCGAAACUAGAAAGGGAGGUAAUUCGCAAGGAAGGCAUUAGGCCAGAGAGCCCCGCAAUCAAGGUUCGGACCAUAUCACAAAAGCAGAGAGAGAUGAGGGAUCGGCAACGACUUGAGCGAGCUGAACGGAGGGCGAGGCGAAGUGAAGACGGGCCUGGAUUGAGUGACUGUGAAGGUGCUAGCGAACUGGCUGAUCAAUCCAUCUUCGGAUUUGAUAAGGAGCAUGAUGAAAAUGAUGGGGUGAUCUGGACGAAGCAUCGUAGGGGACCAGGAGAAGAUGAGGAUUAUGAGACGCCAGUUAGGCCUGACCGGCCGGUCAAACGUUUGCGGCUUGGGGAAGGCCCUCAGCAGGAAGAGGAAAGAGAGAGCAAACGGGUGAAGUGGCAUCAUGGGUUAUCCACAGAAAUUUAUCUGGAUGAGGUCCAUCCUCAACCUCACUCAUGGACUAAGGACUUCAUCAUCGAGAAAAGCUGCUUAGCCCCAACAUCCAAGAAUCUUCUCUUGGACACCCUGGGCAACGUAAUAGACGCCGGGCAGCAUCCACUCACUGACCUCCACCCAGAGAACAUCGUGGUAAAGAAGUUUGUGUAUGACAAUGACGUUGAGGUGGUGGUGAAGGAGGUUGUACCCCCGAAAAUCACCAGAUCGAAGAGCAAGAAAAUGAAGGGUUAGCCUAGCUGCAUAUUCUAUUCACGCUCUAAUGCACAUUUGUCGAUGCUGUAUCCUUCAUGUCUCUGAUACAUUGUCCUUUGCUUUCAUCGAAGUGUAGGGGAUGUCUAUGAUACAAUGACUUCGAGUGUCAAUCAGAAUUGAGAUAUUACAGCUUCGGCG